AUGACCAACCUCUCAGACUACCGCCUCCUCUGCUUCGACGUUUACGGCACUCUGAUAGACUGGGAAAGCGGCAUCAUCACUGCAUUAGCCCCGAUCCUCUCAAAAAGUACCACCCAAUUCACCCGCGAACACCUUCUUACAACCUACCACGACCUCGAAAGUACCCAACAAACCGCAACCCCGGACCUUCUAUACUCAGACCUACUAUCAGCAAUCCACCCCAACCUCGCAGCGCGCCUAGGCCUCAACCCGCCAACCGUCGAGGAAAGCCGCGAAUUCGGCAACUCCAUUGGGACAUGGCCGGCCUUCCCAGACACUGUCGAUGCCCUGCGCCGACUAUCCAAGCACUAUAAGUUGGUGGUGCUGUCGAACGUGGAUCGGGCCUCAUUCGCCAAGUCCAAUGCGGGCAGCUUGCAGGGUGUACCGUUUGAUUUGAUUCUUACCGCGCAGGAUAUUGGCAGUUAUAAGCCUGAUCCACGGAACUUUAAGUACAUGUUGAGUGCUGUGCAGCGUGAGUUUGGAGUGGGGCCUGGACAGGUUCUCCAGACAGCGCAGAGCCAGUUUCAUGAUCAUCAACCUGCGAGGAAGACUGGUAUUAAGUCUGUUUGGAUUGAGAGGUCCGGGGCUUUGAUGGGAAAUACAGGGGAUCCUAUCUUUGAUUGGCGGUUUGAGACUUUGGGGGAGAUGGCUGAUGCUGUUGAAGCAGAGUAG